CAAGGUCCCUUCCAACUCUGUUACUGUUUGUAAAAAAAAUAAAAUAAAAAGGACCAGCUGCGGGACCAGCUGUCUCUCCCCGGCCAGAUUUAGCCCCGGGGAUCCCCCAGAUCCCCGGAAAGCGAGGCAACGGAGCGGAGAUCUAGAGGCAGCCGACUAAAUCGGGUCCGCUGGGGAGGAAACGCGGCUCUUCUUCCACUUCGCCGCGGCGGCGCCCGCGGGCGCAUCCCUCGCUCGCGGCAUCCGAAGGGUUAAGAAGGGCCGGGCCGGGCGGGGGUUGGAGAUGGGCGGCCAAGGCGUUGGGGCCGGGCCUGGCCCCGCCCUUUCCCUCGGCCAGGGGAGGAGAGCCAGCCGGCCAAGCCGCCCGCCCUGCAUCGCCGGCUGGAGGGAGCCGCACUUGCACGCCGAAGCGGAGCCGCAACUGCGCCUCCGCCGCGCAUCCUGCAGCGCCCAGCCGCCAUGAGCUCCUGGAAGAAGACCGUCUACAAGAGCGUCUUUCUCUCCUUCGCCCUGAUCGUAACCGUGACGCUCUUGCAAAAGGGCAGCGUUCCCAACCAAUUCUUCCAGAACCAGCCGCAGAAGUCCGUCCUCUCCCAAGAGCCGCUCAAAAUGCAGAAGAGGAACGACGUGCUGCCCCUCGCCAACAACUUCUGGAAAAAGGGGAACGAGGUUCCUCCGCCCGUCGUAGCCACCGAGAAGGAGGUGACGUCCUGGGACGUCACCGCCACCAACUGCACGGCCAACCUGAACUUCACGAAGGAGGAGUGGUUCAGAAACCUGGAGCCCCACUUCCAACAGUUUCUCUUUUACCGACACUGUCGCUACUUCCCCAUCAUCAUCAACCACCCGGAGAAAUGCCGCGGCGAGAUCGACCUGCUGAUUGUGGUGAAGUCGGUCAUCACUCAACAUGACCGCCGAGAGGCCAUCCGGAGGACGUGGGGUGAAGAGCGUGUGUUGCAGGGGAAAAAAAUCAAGACCCUCUUCCUCCUGGGCAUUGCCUCCAAAGAAGAAGAGAGGUCCAACUACCAAAAGCUCUUGGAGUACGAGGAUCGGAUCUACGGGGACAUCCUGCAGUGGGACUUCUUGGAUACCUUUUUCAACCUCACCUUGAAGGAAGUCCAUUUCCUCAAGUGGUUCAACAUCUACUGUGACCAGGUCCGGUACAUCUUCAAGGGCGACGAUGAUGUCUUCAUGAGUCCUGAGAACAUCUUGGAGUUUCUCCAGGAUCAGGAAGAAGGGGACCUCUUUGUGGGUGACGUGCUGGUCAAAGCGAGGCCCAUUCGCAGGAAGGAAAACAAAUACUACAUCCCCAACUCUCUGUACAGCAAGACCUACUACCCGCCCUACGCGGGCGGAGGGGGUUUCGUGAUGGACGGCCCCUUGGCUAAGCGUCUCCACAAAGCCUCCGAGAACCGGGAGCUGUACCCCAUCGACGAUGUCUACUUGGGGAUGUGUCUGGAGGACCUCAACGUGACGCCCAUGGCUCACACCGGCUUCAAAACCUUUGGCCUGGUGAAAAACAAGAACAGCAAAAUGAACCGCGAACCUUGCUUCUACAGAAGCAUGUUGGUGGUCCAUAAACUUCAACCAGCUGACCUGCUCAGCAUGUGGGAUUUGGUCCAUAAACAUUUGUCCUGCUCCCAGAAAGCCAAGAUCCUUUAGCUCACCUGAUUUUCGCCAAAGAGGAAGAUCGCCGGGAGCCCCAAAGAUCCUGAGAAAAAAAAUAUCCAAUUUCCCCACCUCCCUUU